CAUCAAACCAUCGUUGCAAGUUCAGGAUUGACAUUUUUAAAAAAUCUGUCAGUGUAAAUGGCAGCACGAAAAUUAUAAACAAAAUGUGCCUCCUUAAAGAUUACCACUCAAAAUUUACGUCAAAGGCACUAGAAUCGUCCCAACUCCUACAAAACAACAUUUAUUCAUCAAUACCAACAGUCGUUUUCCUGGUAUCCUCCUUCAUUUUCUUGUACCAACACCUGCAUCGAAACACCACACUCCACACCAGAUGGAAAACAAGAAUCAUAAGAGAUUUGAAAUUCCACUGGAUUUACUUUAAUGCCUCCAGGCUUUGGUACAUCUUCAUAUCGUGCUGCAAGCGCCUGAUUUCCGUCGCUGAGGAUUACAUAGACUUAAACUUAGCCGACGCAGAAAGGUACUUCAACCGAGUCCUGACUCAGGGUGCUGCUUUGACCAUUGUUACGACUCUGUCCGUCAUUCCUGUAAUUUUAAUUUACGUAAAUUAUAUGUCCAAGUACGACAUGCCAAACUUUUUAAUGUGUGGUAGUUUUAAGGGUAAUGGAAGACCCCUAUCUUCGUCACGAAAUCGGCAUCUCCGGUCACUGUCUGGAACGUCCAUUACGAAUCGACCCGAAAAAAUUGAAGAACUACCCGUACCGCUCCAGAAGGUCGACUAGCUUCGACACCAACCCAUGGGUGUCCCAGCGCCCGCCCAUCAUCUGCAGAAACUGUAAAUCGAUGAUCGAACAUAACGUUGUAAAUUCCAUCGACGAAAUGCACUAAUAAAGCACUGAAAAAUCGAACGAUUGA